AUGGACGCUGUACAAGCUCUGGUGGCGAAUAUCCAAGGGCUAUCGAGCGCUGGGGACAUCUCGCACCUUCAUGUUGUUCUGAAGCAGGCGCCGGACUCGCUCUACGCCGAAUCGACUCGAUUACUUCCUGUUCUGGACCAGCUUGACCCCUCCAAACACUCUCUCGGAUACCUCUACAUCCUAGAGGCAUGCACUUCUGGUUCGAUUUCAAAGGAGCAAGGAAGUGCGUUGGUUUUGCCUAUUGCCACGUUUAUCAAUUCCUGUGAUACGGAGCAGAUUCGUUUGGCACCUGAUAAAUUCCUAUCUGUUUGUAAGAGGUUCAAAGAUCAAGUUAUGGUUCUUGAAGAACCACUGCGGGGAGUGGCACCAAUGUUGACAGCAAUUAGGAAAAUUCAGACUUCCUCAGAACAUUUGACUUCCUUGCAUCCAGAGUUUCUUCUUCUUUGUUUGUUGUCAAAAUGCUAUAAAGCUGGAUUGUCCAUUUUAGGUGAUGACAUUUUUGAGGUUGAUCAGCCAAGGGAUCUUUUUCUCUAUUGCUAUUACGGGGGGAUGAUAUGCAUCGGACAAAAGCGUUUUCAGAAAGCAUUGGAGCUUCUACACAAUGUUGUAACAGCUCCAAUGACUGUUAUUAAUGCAAUAGCUGUUGAAGCAUACAAAAAGUACAUAUUGGCUUCACUCAUUCACCAUGGGCAGUUCUCUACCAGUCUCCCUAAAUACACGUCAUCAGUAGCUCAGAGGAAUCUGAAGAACUUUUGUCAGCCCUACAUUGAAUUGGCAAAUAGCUAUAGCACUGGAAAAAUUGAAGAAUUGGAGACAUGUGUGCAGAAGUACAAGGAAAAGUUUGAAAACGACAACAAUCUUGGACUGGUGAAGCAGGUUAUAUCUUCCAUGUAUAAGCGAAACAUUCAGAGAUUGACUCAGACUUACUUGACUCUCUCCCUCCAAGAUAUCGCCAACAGUGUUCAACUAAACAGCGCCAAGGAGGCAGAAAUGCAUGUGCUACAAAUGAUCCAAGAUGGUGAGAUAUUUGCCACAAUUAACCAGAAAGAUGGAAUGGUUAGAUUUCUUGAGGAUCCUGAACAGUAUAAAACCUGUCAGAUGAUUGAACAUAUUGACUCAUCAAUACAGAGGAUAAUGGCACUGUCAAGGAAGCUGACUGCUAUGGAUGAAAACAUCUCGUCUGAUGCUUUGUUCUUAGGAAAGGUUGGAAGAGAACGACAGAGAUUUGACUUCGAUGAUUUUGACACUGUUCCUCAGAAAUUUAACAUAUGA